AUGGCCCAGAGGAGGGCUGCGGGGGGCUGCUGCUGCCCCAGGGCACCCAUGAAUGAAGACAAUGCCCGUUUCUGCCUGCUGGCUGGGCUCAUCCUGCUCUACUUGUUGUGUGGAGCGGCCAUCUUCUCAGCCCUGGAACACCCCUUUGAGCUGCGUGCCCGCCGCCUCUGGAAACAGCAGCUGGACAACUUUACCCAGAGAUACAGGGUCAACCUGGGGGCCUUGCACACGCUGCUGCGACAAUACGAGGAGGCGAACGGAGCUGGGAUCCGAGUGGACGCGCUGAGGCCCCGCUGGGACUUUGCGGGAGCUUUUUACUUCGUGGGCACAGUGGUCUCCACUAUUGGCUUUGGAAUGACCACACCGGCGACCAUAGCUGGAAAAAUAUUCUUAAUCUUCUAUGGUCUCAUCGGCUGUGCUGCCACCAUUCUUUUCUUUAACCUCUUCCUGGAGAGGAUCAUCACAAUGUUAGCUUACAUCAUGCGCUGGUGUCACGAGCGUCGGCUCAGGUGCGCUGGAGUUGGGGUGGUGUCGAGCAGGGAAGAGUCCUCCGGCGAGGAGGACAGCCUGGAAGGCUGGAAACCAUCCGUCUAUUAUGUAAUGCUGAUCCUGGGUGUGGCAUCGGUUGUGAUUGCAUGCAGCGCCUCCACUCUGUACAGCCCCAUGGAGAACUGGAGUUACGUAGACUCCCUCUACUUCUGUUUUGUGGCCUUCAGCACCAUCGGCUUCGGGGACCUGGUGAGCAGUCAGAGACAGCAGUAUGAGUCUCAGGAGGCCUACCGACUCGGGAACUGCAUUUUCAUCUUAAUGGGGGUGUGUUGUAUCUAUUCACUCUUCAAUGUCAUUUCUAUUAUCAUCAAGCAAACUCUAACCUGGAUUGUUGGUAAACUGGUGUGCUCUGGGCGUUAUCAGUCCUGCUCCUGUUCUAGACCUGGGUGCCGGUGGUUCUGCUGCCCCUGCCUCAAGAAAAAAAAUAACAACCGCACGCGUCCGCUUGCUCACCUCAGACAAAAACGCUUAAAACGCAACACCGUGCAGCCCAUCUCAUCCCGCUGUCCUGCAGGAAGACACUGCUACACGGACGGCUCAGUGGAGACAGUGUGUGACAGUGAGACGGAUGCAGGUGCAGUCGCUGAUGGGGUCUACGUAGGCCGCCGUCUGUCAGGGGAGAUGAUCUCGGUCAAUGAGUUUAUGGUGUCCAAUAAGGUGUCUCUGGCACUGCUACAGAAGCAGCUGAGCGAAACAGCUCAUCAGGGCCCACGGCAGAGCUACAGCCAUCAGAAUGGAUUCUCGGGUGGUGUGGGGGCAUUGGCCAUUAUGAAUAAUCGCCUACAGGAAACCAGUGUGGAUAGGUAG